UGUGACCUUGACCCGAGAUAUAUUUGUGAUAGUCAACAAAGACUCAAACGAGAGUACUAGAAUCAUCAAUGAGUAGGUAACCAAAACAUAUAACACGACACCAUUUCAUUACCAUUCUUCGCUCACACGUUCAACAUUUUUCUUCACACAGAAUCCCCAAAUUCAAGACAUACUCCAAUCUAUUCACUCUCAAAUUAGGGUUCUUUUAAUCCCACCCUAAUCUUGCUCAAACCAAUCGAUUAUCAUGGCUAAAUCAGUUCUAGGGUUUCUGUUCUUCACUUGUUUCUACUAUCAAUCAGUAAUGGGUCGAUUUGUAGUGGAAAAGAACAGCUUAACUGUCUCAUCACCUGAUAGCAUAAAGGGUAAUCACGACAGUGCGAUCGGAAACUUCGGGAUUCCGCAGUACGGCGGUAGUAUGGCCGGUACGGUGUCGUAUCCUAAAGAAAAUCGAAAAGGGUGUCGGAAAUUUGAUGAAUUUGGGAUUUCUUUUAAGGCAAAGCCUGGGACUUUGCCCACUUUUGUGUUGGUUGAUCGUGGAGAUUGUUUUUUCGCUUUAAAGGUUUGGAACGCGCAAAACGCCGGUGCAUCCGCGGUUCUUGUAGCAGACGACAUCGAAGAAGCGCUAAUAACUAUGGAUACACCCGAAGAGGACGUUGCUUCCGCAAAGUAUAUCGAAAACAUAACAAUCCCAUCCGCCCUGAUUUCCAAAAGCUUCGGUGAAAAAUUGAAAAAAGCGAUCAGUGAUGGAGAAAUGGUAAACGUGAAUCUCGAUUGGAGAGAAUCCGUGCCACAUCCAGAUGAUCGUGUCGAAUACGAACUUUGGACGAACAGCAACGACGAAUGUGGAGUUAAAUGCGACAUGUUAAUGGAUUUUGUGAAAAAUUUCAAGGGGGCGGCGCAGAUUCUCGAAAAGGGCGGGUACACGUUAUUUACGCCUCAUUAUAUAACAUGGUAUUGCCCGCAAGCGUUCACGAUAAGCAAACAGUGCAAAUCGCAGUGUAUAAAUCAUGGAAGGUAUUGCGCUCCGGAUCCCGAACAAGAUUUUAGCUCGGGUUACGAGGGGAAAGAUGUGGUUAUUGAAAAUUUAAGGCAGUUGUGUGUGUUUAAAGUGGCGAAUGAGACAAAUAAGCCGUGGGUGUGGUGGGAUUAUGUCACUGAUUUUCAAAUAAGAUGCCCAAUGAAAGAGAAGAAGUAUAAUAAGGAGUGUGCUGAUGCGGUUAUCAAAUCCUUAGGGCUUGAUUCGAGGAAAAUUGAGAAGUGUAUGGGGGAUCCUAAUGCGGAUUCGGAUAAUCCUCUGCUUAAAGAAGAACAAGAUGCUCAAAUUGGAAAAGGAUCAAGAGGUGAUGUGACCAUAUUGCCUACACUGGUUGUCAAUAAUCGACAAUACCGAGGAAAGUUGGAGAAAGGUGCUGUUUUGAAGGCCAUUUGUGCUGGUUUUGAAGAAACAACCGAGCCAGCUGCUUGUCUUAGUGACGAUGUGGAAACAAACGAGUGUUUGGAGAACCAUGGUGGCUGUUGGCAUGACACAAAAACCAAUGUAACCGCAUGCAAGGAUACUUUUCGUGGGAGAGUUUGUGAAUGUCCGUUGGUUGAUGGAGUACAAUUUAAAGGAGAUGGUUAUACCUCAUGUGAAGCAAGCGGGCCCGGACGUUGCAAGAUCAACAAUGGAGGAUGUUGGCAUGAAACCCGAAAUGGGGUGUCAUACUCUGCUUGCUCGGAUAGCGGUAAUGGUAAAUGCACAUGCCCUCCUGGAUUUAAAGGUGACGGUGUCAAUAGUUGUACAGAUAUUGAUGAAUGCAAAGAGAAGAAAGCGUGUCAGUGCCCUGAAUGCAGUUGCAAGAAUACAUGGGGAAGCUAUGAUUGCGCUUGUAGCGGUGAUCUUUUGUAUAUGAGAGACCAUGAUACUUGCAUAAGUAAAAGAGUUGCUGAAGCUAAAUCCGCAUGGACCGCUUUUUGGAUCAUUAUACUAGGCUUGGCCGUGGCUGCAGCCGGUGCAUAUCUUGUCUACAAGUAUAGAAUAAGGACUUACAUGGACUCGGAGAUUAGAGCUAUAAUGGCGCAGUACAUGCCUUUGGACAACCAAAGUGAAGUUGUGAAUCAUGUGAGUGAGGAUCGCGCUUGAAAUCAAGAUUCAUGUUUGAUUUAUCGGGACUAUGGAGAUGUUUUGAUGGUCAUGUCCUACAUCCGACCGAUGAACUCAUAAGAUGUUUUAUGCACAUUUGUGUACCAUGAUAGGUGAUAGAGAAGUGUAGAAAACUUGUAAACUUGGAGUGUGCGAUUUCUUUUUCAGGGUUUAAGUUUGUCCGUUGUAUUUGUCCUUGGCUAAUCGGGUUCAUUGCGGCUCA